AUGAUGUCAUCGAAUGCGAAGUUGAACAAGAAGUGUGCGGCCACUGGCCUUUGUCUUACUUCAAUUGAAACUUGCAAGGAACUUGAGCGUGUCCAACGACCAACGUACACCGGUGUCAGUGAGGAACCAUCGACCGCAUCAGAGACUCCCCCCCCCCAAGGCCGUCUUCUCAAUGUGCUUCGCGCCGAUGGAGUUCCAGGAAAAUCCGUAGGUCUUAUAAUCGACAUGAAUGGAAGAACAACUCCCGCGGUCUCAACACCAGCUGGAUGUACUACACCGUUCGAAAUGGAAACUGGAGUUAGACAUGGGGAUCUGGCGGGACCCUUUCUACUCAACUUUGUCGUCGAUGACAUAAUGCGAAGAACAGGUGAGCAGGGUCCCGCCGAUGUCAUUUUAGCAUCUUCUGCACGUCCCUUGGUUGAUCUCGAGUACGCCGACGAUGUAAUAAUGUUCGCUUCUAGCAACGCGAAGUUCCAACAUGCUGUUAACCUUGCAUCAAAAUUAGCUGCAGCCUACGGACUGCGACACCACCCUGAUAGAAGCAAGCACAUGCGGGCUUCUCGAGACCUUCAACGGGAAUCAGGAGGGACGUACAACCUAUCGAACUCGUGGAUGAGUUCUGUUAUUUGGGCUGUAUGCUGA